CAACUGUCAGUAUGGUUCUAUUUACAGUUUAAUUUGAGUAACAAUUAAUUUAAUAAAAUGAAGCCUCCGUCGAAAACUAAAAAGAAAUCGAUUAAUGAAUAUAUUAGUAAACUAAAAAAACAAAAUUCCAUUUUAAAUAGAGCAUUAAAUGAAGAAAAGAAAAUUACAAGAAGGUUAUUCGGAAGUAAAUUAGCUGCGGAACAAAAAUUAGAUGCCUUACAAAAAGCAUAUAAUAUGCAACUAGGAGCAAUUAACGAUAUUACAAAUUUUUUAAAAGGAACUUUAAAUAUUUUUCAACAAAAAGCUGACUAUUUAAAUGAAAUUCGUAUGGAAGCAAAGGCUAUUAUUGAUGAAUGCGAUGUAAAUUGCCACAAAACAUCAAUAAAUAAUCAUUUUUUAAAACGUAAAGCACCAUCCGCCCCAACCCGACAAGUUGUUCAGCCUAUGGUUGGUGGAUUUACGAUACAGAGGCCAAUUGUAAAUUUAGCACGCCUUAGUUUUUCAAAUAAUCGUAACAGUGAAGUGAUUCGAAAUAAUGUUCAAAGUAUUAAUAGGAAUAAUGUUCAAAAUAAUGCCGAGAGUGAAAAUGAAGACGAGGAAAUUGAGGAUAAUUCAACAAAUUCAUCUACUGAGAGAGAAGACCGUGCAUGGAUAACAGUGUCUCCAGUAGUGCGUUUGCACCCUCUUAUCAUGGAUCACAGAAUUAAUGAAAGUGAAAAUUAUACUGAGAAUGAGGAGGACAGUGAUCACAACGAAGAUGAUAAUAUUGAGGAAGACAAUGAAGAUAUGGCUAACCCAAAUUCUUCCCCAAAUAAUUUACAGGAUAUGCGAAAUAUCCAGUCUAUGAUAGAUGACAGCGACAGUCCAGAAGCGAAUACCAGUAGUGCAUUUACAGUUGAUCGGUCUGUAAAUGAGGAUCAUACAGAACAUAAUGGAGAUAUACAGACUUAAAAGAAGUUUGUUUUUUU